AUGAGUGAGAAAGAGCGUGCAUUAAUUGCUAGAACACAUGAACAAUUCGGAACAUGUUUAACAGCUGAAAGAUUGAAAAACGACUUGGAAAAAUUAGGCGUUUCAUCUGGAAUGACAUUAUUGGUUCAUUGUUCAUUAUCGAAAAUUGGAUGGAUUUGUGGUGGACCUGUUACUCUUACACAAGUCUUACUAGAUUUGUUAGGUCCAGAUGGAACUCUUAUAAUGCCAUCUCAUACGUGUGAUAAUUCGGAUCCAAAAUAUUGGCAAUAUCCUCCAGUACCAUCUGAAUGGUUUGAUAUAAUUCGUCAAUCGACGCCAGCUUAUCAACCUGAUAUAACACCAACACUUUAUAUUUGGGAAAAUUAG